AUGUUCCUACAAACACUAACCCCUUUGCUCGGCCUGGUCGUCGUUGCUGCCGGCCAUGGCGCGGUGACGAGCUACACCAUCGAUGGCAAGAACUAUCCAGGAUAUGAGGGCUUCGCGCCCGCAACUUCGCCACCGACAAUCCAACGACAAUGGCCUGACUAUAAUCCUACCAUGACCGUCAACGACAUCAAGAUGCGCUGCAACGGUGGAACUUCGGCGCCCCUGACGGCCAACAUCAAGGCUGGUACUAACGUCACGGCAAACUGGAAGCAGUGGACGCACGCUCAGGGCCCUGUGAUGGUUUGGAUGUACGACUGCGGUAGCGACUUCAAGAGUUGCGCCGGCGAUAAGCAAGGCUGGUUCAAGAUUGACCAGAUGGGCCUUUGGGGCAAUAACCUCAACAGCGAGAACUGGGGACUGCCAUCGUCCUUAAGCAGCUCAAGUGGUCUAGCAAGAUCCCAGGCAACAUCAAACCCAGAAACUACCUGA